AUGACCUGCUCGAUUGGGGUGAAUUCCCGAGGCGGCAAAAGGCGUGCCAAGGCGCUGAAGAUCAGACAGGUGAUGCCUUCAAUACAAUGUUCGGGGGUUGGAAGCAAGGGUGAUGCAGCACCUGAGACAGUCCCGGAAGACAAAUACUCAGGAAAAGCUCAUGACUCAACUAGCAUUGCAGCCAAGACGCACUCCGUACCUACAGCUACAGGAUUGGCAACAUCCCUAAGUCAAACACGAGUGCAGACGAUCAUGCGGGCAACAGCAUCGGCUGAACACACCGUGACCUGGUCGCAAGCUGGGUCUACUGAGGGAAGUCGCCUGGGGCGAAGGUGUGAGGACGACGAUAUUACUGCCGCGCCUCCUUCGCCUCUUAGUCCGAUACGGAUGACCAGGGGUAAUUACACCGAGGCCGAGGGCCGUGAUUCACGGCCAGUAUUGAGUGCGAUGCCCGAUGACACGGGGUCAGCCAAGGAGGGCGGUGCGCGACAAGGCCCGCUCCUUCAGCCCGACCAUGGCCCAAGCCUCCUCACAAACGACAACAAUCAAAGUCGUUGGCCUUCGUUCACAUUUUGUGGUCUCAACGCAAAAAUUCGCGAGAGAUCGCUUGAAAGCGAAAUUCUGGUCUUGCGUGGAUGCCGGCAUAGCUUCCACGCCCGCUGCCUCACGUCGUGGUUUCUCCAAGAUGGCUUCAACUGCCCGCUGUGCCGGACACCCUUCUGGAUGCAGCCUGAAGCGAUGGCGCGGGCGGUGCAGCGGCCCUCGAACGCGGGCGUACCACAUGGCGGGAACCUGCAGGCGUAA